GGAAUGGCGGUCAACGUGUACUCUACCUCUAUAACCCAAGAGACUAUGAGCAGACAUGACAUCAUCGCAUGGGUUAAUGAUAUAUUAGCUUUAAACUACACAAAAGUCGAACAGCUCUGUUCAGGAGCAGCUUACUGCCAGUUCAUGGACAUGUUGUUCCCAGGGUGCAUUAGCUUGAAGAAAGUAAAGUUUCAAGCAAAGCUGGAGCAUGAGUACAUUCACAACUUCAAACUUCUGCAGGCAUCGUUUAAAAGAAUGAAUGUGGAUAAGGUAAUUCCCGUGGAAAAACUGGUCAAAGGGCGUUUCCAAGACAACUUAGAUUUCAUUCAAUGGUUUAAGAAGUUCUUUGAUGAAGAGUAUGAUCCUGUGGAAGCUCGACAAGGGCAAGAUGCUCUUCCCCCACCAGAUCCUGGUGAACAGAUCUUCAACCUGCCCAAAAAGUCUCACCAUGCAAACUCUCCAACUGCAGGUGCUGCUAAAUCCAGUCCGGCUUCUAAACCAGGAUCAACACCUUCUCGCCCAUCUUCAGCAAAAAAAGCUGCACCAAGCAGCUCAGCAUCCAAAUCAGAUAAAGAUUUGGAAACUCAAGUCAUACAGCUCAGUGAACAGGUACAUUCAUUAAAACUUGCACUUGAAGGCGUGGAGAAGGAAAGGGAUUUCUACUUUGGCAAAUUAAGGGAGAUUGAACUUCUCUGCCAAGAACACGGGGGAGAGAAUAAUGACCUUGUCAAUCGGCUAAUGGAAGUCCUUUAUGCUUCAGAAGAACAUGAGAGCCACACAGAUGAGCAUGAAGGUGAAGAGCAAGUCCAUGAACAGCCCCAGCAGCAGGAUGAGUACUGACUCACCCAGCAUCUCUGACAAUUUUCGUUUUGUGUGAGAACUUUCUUCUGGAGAAUGGAACAUGUGCGGCCUCAAACUUGAAAUCAGUUCACUCCCAGUCUGCCAUUAACAUUUAUGUACUAUAGUGAGUGCCAGCCAACCACUGCAUUCUGUACCAAUACUUUGCCAAGAUGCAUUUGCAGACGUCUUCUUUCAGUGUAUCUUCCCAAGAGGUUGUAGGGCUACAUCACCUACUGUACAUCACUGCAACUUCACCACUUGGCUGCUUGAGAUUUGUUCUGCUCUUUAAAAAUAUAUAUAUUUAUUUUUUUCUUUUUUUUCGUCUUAAGUAUUGAUACACUUGUAACUUGUUCUAACAUAUUUAUAUUGGCAUUUUGUGUGGCAAGAAGUUCCGUACCACUAGCUGUGUCUCUCACUUUGUGGUGCUUUCGCGUUUUCUAGUACAUCUACCUUGGGGCAUAAAAUUCGGUCAAACAAUUGGAGUAAAGGGAUAUAGUGGAUGUCAUACCCAAGCCAUAAAGAUGUUGUGGAGGAAAAUGCUCGUGUUGCUCACAUUUAUUCCUUUCCUGCCUCUGCAAAUGGAAGGCAGAGCAUCUGUUUUACUGGGAGAUUUAAACCCCCCCCUGUGUUAGAAGACCUGUUAGAAAGCUGCAUGGUAUGUUUUUUGGCUUAUUUCUGGAGGAACAGACAUCCACUUAAGUUUUUUGAAAACCCU